CUCGGAUUAAAAACUGCACUUUCUCUCCACACCGCAUUUCUAUUCUGUACUUGUAUAUUUGUUAUUUGGUUUUUUGUAAAUGCUCGCGUAUCUAGCAUACUACAGUUGUGCCGGCAUAGCAGUCCAGUAUAUAGUUUUGCUGUUCAGGUACAUUGUGCAAAAGAUGGUGCCGACCCACACCCCGCUAAGACGAUUAUCACGGCGAUCGGACGACGACACGGACAGCGCAUCAAUCUACACAAUCGUAUAUAUCGUUCUCAUUGUUGGUAAGUGCACGCGAGAGGAAGAGCAAUGUGGGACAGCAUACAGCCAACCUGCUAAAUAAGUAUGUAGCAUGGGUAAUUAUUGUCGUCGUGGUACUCUAUCUGGCAGUCUGCCGGUACCGACGCAACCGCUGGCUGAUAUCGCAAGGCAUGGAUGGGCAGGACCUGGCGUUGCGGCGACAAGUGCGGCUCACCGGCACGGUGCCGAAGCAAAACAAGCGUGUGCUGACCGAGCGCGAGGUCAGCGAGCUGCCGACAUUUGCAUUGACGCCCAGCGAUAUCACCGAGACAUUCAAAAUGGCGCAGGCCGGCUCCGAGGGACACGUCACGCUGGCGAUCCCGGAACCGGCAUUGGUCAAAGAGAAGUUGCCCCUACAUGAGGAGAACUGCGCGGUGUGCUUGGAGGACUUUAGGGCAGGCGAGCAAGUGCGGAGGCUGGCGUGCCGGCAUUACUUCCACUUGCAGUGCAUUGAUCCAUGGCUGACAGCGCAGGCAGCCACAUGUCCGCUCUGCAACUACAACGUGGCUGCGGAUAACACGACAGCGUGAUUUAGCAAAAAAGAUGUUUCUAAUAAACUAGAUA